UAACCUCGGCCAAAGUCAGAAACUCAGAAUCAGACAAGGAGGUCGCAAGCAAGUGAGCAGGACACGAUUCUCGCCUUUUUUAACAUUCUCUCUCCUUCCUAAUCCUUCCCUUCGUCAAUCAGUUUACUAUAUCCAUCACAGACCCCACAGUUCUCCCUUCCUACUUUCAGUAUCAGUAUCAGUAUUUGCUGCUGCAAUGCCAACUUCUCCAUCAGACGCUGGGCACAAAAGGCGGAGAGCGAGAGGGCCGAAGAUCACGAAACGGCACCGUGGCGGCGACGAGGAAGAAGAAGACGAGGAAGAAGAGAACGAGGUUGCGGUGGAGGCAGAUGAAGACGAGGACCUCCACCCUAACCCUAAGAAUGUCCAAGUCCCCAGAACUAGGGCUGUCUCUGAACUCGAGGUGAUUUCUGGCAGCGGCACCCGGAUUUCGGACUUCCCCGCAGCUGUGAAGUAUGACGUGAACCGGCCACAUUCGUCCAUUUUGGCCAUUGCUGCUGCUGAAAGAGAGAGUGAAAACAAGGGACAGGGGCAGGGCGGGGGCGGGGGCGUUGUUUUAGAAAAUAUAUCAUACGGGCAGCUUCAGGUGUUGUCCGCUGUGCCAGCAGAGUGUCCCGCUCUGGUAGGUCCGGGUUCAUUAGAUCAGGAGAGUCCAAUUGUGAUUUCUCCUCCUCCCAUUAUGGAGGGUAGGGGUGUGGUUAAGAGGUUUUGGAACAGGCUCCAUGUUCUUCCGUUUCACGCAGAGUGGUUUCAAUCAACAACAGUGCACAGGUUGGAAAGGCAAGUGGUGCCACAUUUUUUUUCUGGCAAGUCCACUGAAUAUACUGCUGAGAAAUACCUGGAUUGUCGUAAUCUAAUAGUUGCCAAAUACAUGGAGAACUUGGAGAAGAGGUUAUCGAUUGGUGAUUGCCAAGAAUUGGAUGUUGGUGUUGAUAAUGAAGAUCUCAGUCGUAUCUUCCGUUUCCUUGAUCAUUGGGGAAUCAUUAACUAUUGUGCUCCACUGCCUCCUCAUGAAUCUUGGAGUAUUGAGUCAUAUCUGAGAGAGGAUCCAAAUGGUGAAGUUCAUGUGCCAUCAGCUAUGUUGAAGUCCAUUGAUAGUCUGAUCAAGUUUGACCUUCCAAAAUAUAGGUUGAAGUCUUGCAAUUUCUCCUUAUCAUUAUCAUCAAACUCCCAUGAUCUUGCAGACUUAGACAGUAGAAUACGGGAAAUGUUGUCAGAAAAUCACUGUAACUUUUGUUCUCGGCCCCUGUUAGUUGUGUAUUAUCAAUCAGUGAAGGAGGCUGAUACAUUGCUGUGUUCAGAUUGUUAUUAUGAAGGGAGACUUGUUAUUGGUCAUUCAAGUAUGGAUUUCACUAAGGUAGAUCCCACAAAAGAGUAUGGUGAUCAAGACGGAGGCAGUUGGACGGAUCAGGAAACACUUCUACUCCUUGAGGCGCUUGAAAGUUUUAAUGAUAGCUGGAAUGACAUUGCCGAGCAUGUUGGAACUAAGUCAAAAGCACAAUGCAUACUUCACUUUCUUCGUUUGCCAGUGGAAGAUGGUUUACUAGAAAAAGUAGAAGUUCCAAGCUCAUAUGGUAACACUAAUGGGCUGUCCGAGGACACUAACAACAGUUUAUAUCUGAAUGAAAAUUUUAUCCCAUCAGAUACACACCCAUCUCUGAUUUUUCCAGGACCCCAUGAUCAUAAUUCUGAUUCAGAAAUCAAGUUUCCAUUUGUGAAUUCUGAAAAUCCUGUCAUGACUCUGGUUGCAUUUUUGGCUUCUGCUGUAGGUCCAAGAGUUGCGGCUGCUUGUGCUCAUGCUUCUUUGGCAGCCCUUUCUGAGGAUGAUGGAUCACUGCAUGGUAAUAGAAUGGAUUCAGAUGAUGGCCCUGUGGAAAUGAGAAACUCAAAUCAGCAGAAAGACAAUGUAAAUGCAGAAGCUUCUAUAUUAUCUACUGAAAAAGUCAAAUUUGCUGCAAAAGCUGGUCUCACUGCUGCAGCAGUGAAGGCAAAACUGUUUGCAGACCAUGAAGAGCGAGAGAUUCAGAGGCUAUCUGCUAGUAUUAUAAAUCAUCAGUUGAAGAGAUUGGAACUGAAGCUGAAGCAAUUUGCUGAAGUGGAGACCUUAUUGAUGAAGGAAUGUGAACAAGUGGAGAAAGCAAGGCAGAGGUUGGCUGGGGAGAGGGCUCGUGCUUUAGCAACUAGGUUUGUACCCAGUGGGGUCGCUUCAUCAGUGAAUUUGCCUGGUGUUACUCAAGUUAAUAACAAUACUAGCAACAGCAGACCACCAAUUAUAUCAGCAUCACCUUCACAGCCUAGUGUUUCUGGUUAUGCCAAUAAUCAAAUGACUCAUUCACAAAUGUCAUUCUUGCCACGGCAGCAAUUCUCUUUUGGGCCUCGCCUCCCGCUUUCAGCCAUACAGCCUUCUUCAUCUGGGCUACCUUCAAGUGUCAUGUUUGGUGCUCAAGGAGGUAGCCAAUCUUCUCUGAGUCAUGCAAUGUUGAGAGCCGUACCAGGGACAAGCUCAAGCAUGGGUUAAAAGUAUGAGAUACUAUAAUUGAUUUGGUGAUUUGCCAGAGAACUUAAAUGGGAAAACAUAGGAUUAUAGUGCUGUGAUUGUGAUGCCUGUGAAGAUGUAUUUUGUUGGGGCCACAUCUUUCAAGUAUUCUGCAGUUGCUGGGAAUAUUUGUGGUUGGAACUUUCAGCUACAAUCCAGGUGUGCAUUCUUUUCUUGUUUGUCUUCCUCAGCAAUCUUCAUCUUUCUGCCAUCUUUUUCGUCGUUUAACUUUUCCUCUUUAUAGUUGAGGUUUGUAGAGUUGCUGAUUAGAAAGUGGAUGUUUUACCGGAUUGCUGUAUAGUUUUCAUAUUUUCAGUUAUCUAUUAUCUGAGGGAUCAAGGUGAAUAGCUGAAUGCCAUUGUUGCUAACUUGCUCCCACCCGAGGCUGUAAUUUUGCAAGUACAUAUGGUUUAAUUGCUAAAAUUGUUGUAUUUUGUCUAACAAUAGAUGGAUGACGAGUAGUACUACUUUAAUAUCUCGA